UUCUCCGCACGACUUUACUUCGACAGAGUAUAUUGGCGAGAGCAUUGCUACAUUUGACAGAAGGCGACAAUGCCGUCUCCGUCGCUGGACAAGCAGCCUUUCACCUUUGCUAAUUUACCAUAUGGUAUCAUUUCGACGCCAACCGAGCCGAAACCCCGAUGUGCAGUCGCCAUUGGAGACCAUGCCAUCGAUCUGGCCAAGUAUUCGAAGAACGGGAGCCUGUUCGAAGUUGAAUCAAGUCACAAUUUCAUUGCUCAACAAGCGUUUUCCGAACCAGCGUUGAACACCUUCGCCGCACUACCUUGGUCUGCCCGACGAGCUGUGCGUGAGCGAAUUCAGAAGGAUCUCAAAGAUGACAAAGUGCCCGCAUCUUGUCUCGUUGAACUGAAGAAUGUCACAAGUCAUCUACCUAUGAAAAUGGGUGGCUUCUCCGACUUCUAUACCUCGCUUGAGCACUGUCUCAACUGUUCAGGAGAAAUGUCGGCGAAUUCGAUAGCAAAGAACUGGUACUACGCUCCUUCGGUCUAUAACUCUCGCGUUUCCUCCGUGCUGCCGACUCCUCGCGAUAUUCCGCGACCGAAGAACGUUUACUUCUCCGCCGGCAUAGAUUCAGAACCGAAAUAUGGGCCCACACGCAAGAUGGACUUUGAGCUUGAGAUGGGGUUCUUCGUUUCGCAGCCAGUCCCUUAUGGCCAAGCUGUUCGAAAUGCGGCCUUUAGGACCAUUCCACUCCAAGGGCUUCGGAACUAGCAUCAGCAAUUGGAUUGUCCCCAUGGAAGCAUUAGAGCAGUUCGCAUGCCCACCGAACACCACACAAGAUCCACCGCCAUUUGACCAUCUUGCCUGGCCAGAUAAGGGAACUGGCGCGCUUGACAUCAAGCUUCGGAUCAAGCUUGUCCGUGACGGCAAGGAAAGCGU